GAACCUGAAAGCAGACCCAGAGGAGCUUUUUACGAAGCUAGAGAAAAUUGGGAAGGGUUCUUUUGGCGAGGUGUUCAAAGGCAUUGACAAUCGGACUCAGAAAGUAGUGGCAAUCAAAAUCAUUGAUCUGGAAGAAGCUGAAGAUGAGAUUGAGGACAUUCAACAGGAAAUCACAGUGCUGAGUCAGUGUGACAGUCCAUAUGUAACCAAAUAUUACGGAUCCUACUUGAAGGAUACUAAAUUGUGGAUAAUAAUGGAGUAUCUUGGAGGAGGUUCCGCACUGGACCUGUUGGAGCCUGGCCCUUUAGAUGAAACGCAGAUUGCCACCAUAUUAAGAGAAAUACUGAAAGGACUUGAUUAUCUUCAUUCAGAGAAGAAAAUCCAUAGAGAUAUUAAAGCGGCCAAUGUCCUGCUUUCUGAACAUGGAGAGGUGAAGCUGGCUGACUUUGGAGUGGCUGGCCAGCUGACAGAUACCCAGAUAAAAAGGAACACCUUCGUAGGCACCCCCUUCUGGAUGGCGCCCGAGGUCAUCAAACAGUCAGCUUACGACUCCAAGGCAGAUAUCUGGUCCCUGGGCAUUACAGCCAUAGAACUGGCCAAAGGGGAGCCACCCCACUCGGAACUGCACCCCAUGAAGGUUUUAUUCCUCAUUCCAAAGAACAAUCCCCCGACGCUGGAAGGAAGCUACAGCAAGCCCCUCAAGGAGUUCGUGGAGGCCUGUUUGAACAAGGAGCCCAGCUUUAGACCCACCGCUAAGGAAUUGCUGAAGCACAAGUUUAUAAUCCGCAAUGCAAAGAAAACCUCCUAUCUGACUGAGCUGAUCGACAGGUACAAGAGGUGGAAGGCCGAGCAGAGCCAUGACGACUCGAGCUCCGAGGACUCGGAUGCGGAAACGGAUGGCCAGGCAUCGGGAGGCAGUGACUCUGGGGACUGGAUCUUCACCAUCCGAGAGAAGGAUCCCAAAAACCUGGAAAACGGAGCUCUGCAGCCGUCGGAGUUGGAAAGAAAUAAGAUGAAAGACAUCCCAAAGAGGCCUUUCUCUCAGUGUCUAUCCACGAUUAUUUCUCCUCUGUUUGCAGAGCUGAAGGAGAAGAGCCAGGCGUGUGGGGGCAACCUGGGGUCCAUAGAAGAGCUGCGGGGAGCCAUCUAUCUGGCGGAAGAGGCCUGCCCGGGGAUUUCUGACACCAUGGUGGCGCAGCUGGUGCAGCGGCUGCAGAGAUACUCACUAAGUGGCGGAGGAACUUCAUCCCACUGAAAUUCCUUCCGGCUCGGGUUGUGGUUUUCCUUUUCUCUUCAUCAUCCUCCUUUUUAAAGUCAACGAGGGCCUUCCGGCCGACUCUGCUGAAGAGGCGCCGCCGAGGGCGGAGCCCCGGACGCCACAGGCGCCCAUCCUCGCUGGGCCACAGCCAGAUGCAGCCUGGGCUGGGGCGAGGAGGGGCUGCCCCUUUAAGCAACUAUUUUAUUUUUUUAUUGUUUUUAAUUUUAACCAUAGUGCACAUAUAUUCAAGGAAAGUCUCUUUAAAAAUGAAAACAAACCCUGAAAUGUAUAUUUGGGCUUAUGAUAGGCGACUAAGACGUGAAACCUCAGGUACCCGCUGUACGUUGGCACUCCCCGGGAGACGAGCCGCGCUGGGUGGUCGGUGUACAGAUUUGUAUAUAGUGUCAUUUCUACCGAGACCCUUUUGGCGUGCAUCAGGAAUCACUGUGUACACACUGGCCACGUGCUUCUGUAGAUAAUUGUCAGUGGAGUAAAUAUUUGAUAGGCCAUAACUUGAGUCUAUUGCCUUGCCUUUAUUACAUGUACAUUUUGAAUUCUGUGACCAGUGAUUUGGGUUUUGUUUUGUAUUUGCAGGGUUUGCCAUUAAUAAUAAUUCCUACCCCUCUUCUAGAACACUCCUUUUUGUACCUUGGCCAGUGCAGCUUUCCCUCUUGUCUCUCUCCAUCCCUUUUGGUACACUUCGAAGUUGAUUUCCUUUGUCAUUGAUGGUACUAUUUCUUAGUGUUUUAAAUUGGAACAUACAUAUCUGUCUCCUGAAGCUUUAAAUUAUUACAUUUACGUUUCUCCCAGAGGAAGCGCUCUCACCCAGUGUUUGUGUGGAACCCUGCCACGCGGUGUGUGUGCCACGCACACCACCCCUCCCCACGCCACGUUCUCUGGACCUCCUAGUUGACUCCACCUAUCAUCGUUCCCACCCCGAAGUGUCUGGAUGCUUACACAAAUAAAUUUUAUAACACUUAUUUUGCAUACUCUUCUUGAAACGUGACUGCAGGGUGGACUGGGCACCUGCUGGGUGUGGUUGGAUCUGUGUGUGUGCGUGUGUGUGCACGUGGUGGGGUGUGUGUGUGUAUGUGUGUAUUGAGACAUUUCAGAAGAUUCCAGGGAAAAGUGCCCAGAGGUCAGAACACCCCUUGUCCAGGUUAGCUUGCUAUGCAACUUGUGUGGUUGGUUGGUCAGGGGUUUUGGCAGGAUGCUGUGGCUCGUGGAAUCACUGUGCGUCUUCCAGAGACCUUGAUGAGUGCUAUGGUUCUAGAGGAGCCGUGGCUGCUGCUGUGGGCCCCGGCGGCUUGAGGUGGGGUGGGGGUGGGGGUGGUGUCUGUCUGGGUUUGCAACAGGCAUCCAUUGCGUGGCAGGUUGGGAACUGGGUUCAUGAGAAGGGGGAAGGCUCCUUAUACCAAUGUGGGGCUCUCUCAUUCGGAUACGGGAGUAGUCUUGCGUGUGUUACCUCUUGGAAUACUUGGUCUUGAGCACUUGUGGACGUAAGGAUGGCGGCUUAGCCGGCAGACUGGAAGUGGCUGCUGCCGCCCACGGUGCAGCAGCCUGGCUGGCGUUGGGAGGGGAUGGGCCUGAGCUGCAGGGGUCGGAUGGGCGUGUGGUUAAUGUUUGGAUUUGUUCUACAAAGUCUAUUUUUUGAGACUUAAUGGAUCUGUGCUACCUUCUCAGUGGAUUCGGUUGGACUGUUCUAGAAAGCAUACCUACGUCUUGGUCGGAGGAACUGAAGUGAAUUGUUCGUUGUGACUGUAUGUGCUUCCACAGCAAGGAUGUUAACUUGAACAAUAAAAUUUGAGAACAUCUCA